GCACACAGUGAAGUCGAGGGCUCCUCCCAGACCAAAACUGCCCACGGACAGGGAUGGCUGCGGGGCUCUGGGCCACGCCCAGGGCAAGGGAAGGGGGCCUGGGUGGAGCCGGGUAGAAUGCGGUGACAUCCCUGCCACGUCACAGUGGGCCUCGUCCCCCUGAAGGCAGAGUUGGAACAGGAGGCGCAUUUGCCGCUGUUCCCUCACUGCGAGAUGGAACAGAGAUCCCCGAGCCUACCCCGAGAGGCCUGGCUGGAGAAGCCUAGGGCAUCCCGCACCUCCAUGGCCCAGCACGGGCCUCUUAAGGUGUGUGGGGUGCAGCCCCUGCAGGGGCCUGUGGACUCAGCUGAGGAUCCUUCAGCCUCCGUCGUGUCACCGCAGGAGGGGGAUCCCCUGAGCUGCAUCCGUGCCUGCUGCACACGCAGACCCCAGGCACAGGCACAGAAGCUGAGCUUUCUGGCCUGCGUCCGCACCGCCUGCACAGCUGCCCUCAAGGACAGAGAGGCUCACAAGCACCUGAGUGCCUGCGCAUCAGAGGUGGCGCAGUGCAUUGAGGAGCUGCUGCAGGAGGAGCCCGCCGACCGCCUGGACACAGAGCUGCGGCAGCAGGCCAUGAGCGCCAUCGCCGCCAUGAGCAGUGCGUGGCUGCUUCCAGAGAAGCAGAAGAACAGUCUCCUGUGUGCCUGCCUCAGCAGCGUCCUCCACCUCCCCGGCUAUGAGGCUGACACGGACCUGGACAUGGCAACCUACACGGAGACCAUGGAAGCCCUGCACCGCCUGCUGCAGGUGCUGGUGGGCAGCGCCGGCACCUCUGUCCUCAUGGAGCUGCAGAACAUCUUGGAGGUCUGGCUGCGGCAAGGCUGGGAUUUGGGGGAGUGGUUCAAGGCCAUGAAGGGGGGAAUCUAUACGAGGUCGCCCCAGGGCCCGCUGCAGGCAGGGGGUGCUGAUCUGACGCCGGCCCUUGUGGGGUUAGAGGGAUGGGUGGGGAGCAGAGGGAAGGCGGCGGGGCUGCAGCAGGACAGGGACGCAACCACCCACCCCCACUGCAGCCGGGGAGUGAGCGAGCGGAAGGACCAGUGACCCGUGCUCUGGGCACACCAGCAGCUUUUCUCUCCACAGCUCCUGCUGCCCUUCACCACGUGCCAGCUGGCGGCCGUGGAGGAGAGGGCCGUGGCGUGCAUUGCCAGGCUGCUCGCCUUCAGCAACACCUGCCCCUUGCCCGAGG